CCCUCCAUCUUGGUCAGAGUUUGGUGUCUCGUCCACUUUGCCAGGCCGUCUGUCCGUCCUCAUCCCGUCGUCCUUUUCUCAUUUUAAAAACAAAAACAAAAACAAGAAGAAGAACCGACCGCCAAGAUGGAGGCCAUCAAGAAGAAGAUGCUCAUGCUCAAGCUGGACAAGGAGAACGCUCUGGACCAGGCGGAGCAGGCGGAGGCGGACAAAAAAGCAGCGGAGGAUAGAAGCAAACAGCACGAAGACGAGCUCCUGCAGAUGCAGAAGAAGCUGAAGGGGACAGAGGACGAGCUGGACAAAUACUCCGAGGCGCUGAAGGAUGCUCAGGAGAAGCUGGAGGUGGCCGACAAGAAGGCCGCUGAUGCGGAGGCGGAGGUGGCCUCCUUGAACAGGCGCAUCCAGCUGGUGGAGGAAGAGUUGGACCGAGCUCAGGAGAGGCUGGCGACCGCUCUGCAGAAGUUGGAGGAGGCCGAGAAGGCGGCCGACGAAAGCGAGAGAGCCAUGAAGGUGAUCGAGAACAGGGCUCUCAAAGACGAGGAGAAGAUGGAGCUCCAAGAGAUCCAGCUGAAGGAGGCCAAGCACAUCGCGGAGGAUUCCGACCGCAAGUACGAAGAGGUGGCUCGUAAGCUGGUGAUAGUGGAAGGGGAGCUGGAGCGCACGGAGGAGAGGGCCGAGCUGGCAGAGGGAAAAUGUGCCGAGCUGGAGGAGGAACUGAAGACCGUUACAAAUAACCUGAAGUCCCUGGAGGCGCAGGCCGAGAAAUACUCUCAGAAGGAGGACAAAUACGAGGAAGAGAUCAAGAUUCUGACAGACAAGCUGAAAGAGGCUGAGACCAGAGCGGAGUUUGCUGAGAGGUCUGUGGCCAAGCUGGAGAAGACCAUUGAUGAUCUGGAAGAUGAGCUCUAUGCACAGAAACUCAAAUACAAAGCCAUCAGCGAGGAAUUAGACCACGCGCUCAAUGACAUGACAUCCAUCUAAAUCACCACUGGAAGUCCUGCCCGCCACCUUUCUCACUCUCUCAGCUCAAAUCUGACCCUUUUUUUCUUCUCUUCCUCCAUUCCUCGUAACUGUCCGUUUUAUGCUGCACUUGCACACCUUUUCAAACACGCAGCAGCAGUUUACUCUGUGCAAAUCCACCCUUUAGUUAUACUACUUUGUGUUCUUUAACCAUGUUUAAACGGGGGAAGAAAUGCUCAAAGUAACCUGUCUGUGUCUGUUUUUGCUGCGCAUGCCAUUUAGAACAGAACACACUUCAUUUAUUUGUCACUGGGGAAUAUAUUGGGGGAGCGUUUCCCAGCAAGUGUGUUUUGGACUGCUAUGCAUUACAAGAGGCCCUAAAUCAACUUAACAGGGAAUGGAGGUUCAUUUAUGUCUUUUGGACACUGAAUUUAUGCAACUGAAUUUUUUGUGUUUAAAUUUUGUGAACCAAAUCUAAUUAUGCUGAAAAUUCCAUUCAAUAAAAAUGUGUGGGCAACAUUUUUGUGUUGAAAAAUUCAGUGUGUAAAACUUCACUGUUUAAAAAUUCAGUGCAAAAGAAUUCAGGGAAGAAAAAUGUGUUGUAUCAAAACUCUCAUCCGGCAAAUUAAGCCUGAAGCAAUCAAUCAUUUUUUUACACUGAAUUUUACCAAACUGAAUUUUUAAGCACACAAAAUUUGGCCACACUUUUUUUUAAAAAUCAAUUUGAUGUAAAAAAAAAUAUAAAUAAAAACAGUUCACUAAAUUCAAAUUUAAAAACAUUCAGUUACAUAAACACACAAAUUAACCUCAAUACAUAGCAUCAAAUAAAAAAUAAAACAUUUUAAAUUACAAAAAUACACCAUAACUUGCAGUGAUUUUUAAAAAAUAUAUAUAUAUUUCAGACCAACAAAAAUAAACUGACAAUGCUCUUUAAAUUGCAUCGCACAGAAAGAGAAUUAGGCAACAAACAGCAGCUUAUUUUAAAGGAUCAUGCACACAAUUUAUAGGAGCAUGUGAAAACAUUAAUAAAACACAUGAGACCACAAGUAAUAAAUGCUCUUAGUGAUUAUGUCUAGACGGCAGACUUCAACAAUAAUGACAUGAUAAUGUCAGAUCAUCCUUGAAAGCCAAAUAGGAUGUUUUUAGAAUAAGAAGUAGUGAACUACAUUUCCUUACACUGGGAGUGGCAGCCAUCAUGCUACUAAAAUCCCAUUGAGGUAGGACUGCUUGUCUGAAGAAUCAAAACUGGAAUUUGGCGUACACAGUGCACUAAAAUGUGUAUAAAUUGCAUCAAAACAUGUUUUUUUUUCACAAGUUUGUGCCAUCAUUGGACACAAUAAUUGCAUUUGAUACUGGCCUUGCAUGCAGGAAACACAUCAAACAUUGAAUGACAUGCUGUUUUUGUUUUAAAAAAAAAAAAAGGUCCAUAAAUGCACAAAUAUUUCCACUUUGAUUGUAUAACAGUGAGAAUAAAUUCUAGAAUAAAAGCAGUUCAUCCCAA